AUGGCUCUGGCUUUAGCCGCGUUGGUGUUUGCCUGUUUAUGGUCGUUUGUGUUGCCUGAUGCUCAAGGAGAUGCUUUAUUUGCAUUGAGGAACUCGUUACGUGCAACACCCGAUCAGCUAGGUGACUGGAAUCAGAAUCAAGUGAAUCCUUGUACUUGGUCCCAAGUUAUUUGUGAUGACAAUAACUCUGUCACUUCUGUGACAUUGUCAUACAUGAACUUUUCGGGGACCUUGUCUCCAAGAAUUGGAAUCCUGAAUACCCUCAAGACACUUACUUUGAAAGGGAAUGGCAUUACAGGUGGAAUACCAGAAGAGUUUGGAGAUUUGUCUAGUUUGAACAGCUUGGAUUUGGAGGACAAUCGGUUAACUGGUCCAAUACCGUCCACUCUUGGCAAUCUCAAGAACCUUCAGUUCUUGACCUUGAGUAGGAACAGCCUAAAUGGGAGUGUCCCCGAAUCACUUACCCGUCUUUCAAACCUGAUUAAUCUUCUUCUUGAUUCAAACAAUUUCAGAGGUCAGAUUCCCGAGAGUUUAUUUGAAAUCCCAAAAUACAAUUUCUCAGGAAACAGCUUGAAUUGUGGUAAUCCUAAUCCUCACCCGUGUGUAUCCGAGGAUAAGGGUUCAGGUGGUUCAAACAAACCGAAAACUGGGAUUAUUGCUGGAGUCGUUAGUGCAGUU